GUGAAGUCCACGCGCUUCUCCAUGUCACUGAUUGACUGAUCUGCAUUCCAUUCCUUCCUGCCAGACGGACUGACAGGGCCGAGAAGCCUCCGCCCUGCCCACCAGAGGGCACCCGCAACCAGCACGGCAUACAACCGAGGAUGGCGCGUGACAUGCGCAGGGUGCAGGACCAGGUGGGCAGCUAUGCCGUCCUGCAGGGCGGCGACCAGCCGCACGACCUCUCGCCGCCGCCGCGCACAUUCGCAGACAGAAUCGACCGGUUCUUCCACAUCACUGCACGAGGUGAGCCACCUGGCUUCCAAACAUACACACGGGAGGGAAGAAGCAUGCGUCUUGCCUCAGAUCUAUGCAUGACACGUGACGUGCAUGUGGGUGUGUGUCUGUGUCUGUGUCCUGUGUGUGCAGGUUCCGACUUCAAGACGGAGUUCCGUGCGGGUUUGGUGCUGUUCACGACCAUGUGCUACAUCAUAGUGGUCAACCCCGACAUCCUCUCGGCCGCCAAGCUCGACAAGACGGCAGUGGCAUCGUCCACUGCACUCUGCGCAUGCGUCGGGUCCAUCGUCAUGGGCCUCUUCGCCAACCUCCCCUUCGGCACCGCACCCGGGAUGGGCCUCAACACCUACUUCGCAUACGAGCUGGUGGUGCAGGAGCACUUCACGGCGUCACAGGCACUGGCCAUCUGCAUGGCCGCCGGGGGCAUCUUCCUGUUCCUCGGCCUGACGGGACUGUCCAACAUCCUGGUGAACAACAUUCCUCUGUCGAUGAAGAAGGCGAUCGUGGUGGGCAUCGGCAUGUUCCAGACCAUCGUCGGGCUGUACUCCCUCGGGUUCAUCGAGCCAGGCACCUACACGGUGCUGCAGCUGGGCAGCAACAUCGGCACCACGGACCAGCUCAUGGGCCUCUUCACCAUCCUCCUGAUCUCGCUGCUCAUGCUGCUCGAGGCGCCAGGCUCCAUCCUGAUCGGCAUCAUCGCCUCGGUGGGCAUCUCCCUCUCGGCGGGAUUCGCCCCCCUCCCCAAGGCGUUUGUGGGCGCGCCGGACCUUGAGCUGCCAACGCUCGACUACAGUGUCCUGCAGACGGGCAAGGGGUGGAUAUCGGUGUUCUUCAUCUUCCUGGUGGCCUUCAUCGACGUGGGCGGGGUGGUGCUGGGCAUCGCCGCACAGAGCAAAGAGCUCAUCAACGAGCAUGGCGACGUCCUCGGCGCGCAGAGGGCUUUCAUCACUGUGGGUGCGGGCAUCUGCAUGUCGUCCUUCUGCGGCACCUCGCCCAUGAUCAUGUAUGUUACCCGAGCCAACCCACACAACUACCCACCCCAAAACAUGGAUUGCCCCUUGCCCUUUGCCUCUCGUGUGAUGUGAUGAUGUCAGUUUCCUGGAGAGCGCAGCUGCGGUGCAGCAGGGCGGGCGCACGGGAUUCGGUGCGGUGCUGGCGGGGGCCCUGUUUGGGCUGUCGAUGUUCUUCGUGCCGGCCUUGUCGGCGGUGCCCCGGUCUGCGACUGCUCCGGUGUUGGUGCUGGUGGGUUCCUUCAUGAUGGGAGCCGUGAUGGCGAUUCCCUGGGAGAAGAUCAACCACUCGCUGCCGGCCUUCAUCACGGUCUGCAUGAUCACCUUCACCUGCAGCAUCUCUUACGGCCUCAUCGCUGGCCUGGCCUUCUACUUCAUACUCAACCUGCCGUUCGUCGUCGCCAAGGUCACUCACCGACGGCAACACACACACACACACAUGGGGGGUGUGGUGUUCGUGUGCACACGUGUGAGUGUGUCUUUGUUAUGUAUGUGUGUGUAUCAAUCAGAUCUUCAACUGGCGUUGGCUCAAGAAGCGUCUGACGAUCGAGGAGAUCAUCGGUACGCCCAUCGAGCGGCAGCUGGAGGUCGAGAGGGAGAUCGAGGCCGAACGGCAACGCACCUCAGUAUUCAUGUUCAAAAUCGACGACCAGGUCAGAUCAGACACACACGCAGACGAGAGACAGAGAGAGAGAAUGCCUGGGUGCCUGCCUGCGUGUGUGGCUGUGUGGUUCAUUCAGUUGUUGCACGACACGGAGAGGUCUCUGCCGCUGAAGAUCGGCCGCCGAUUUACGGAACCGAUCGAUCCGGCGGGACACGCCAAACACCGCAUCUCUGCCCUCUCGGGCGUUUAGAUAGACACGACACCCACCCACCCACCAAACCCGCCGACCCACCCACCCUCACCCCACACACAGAGUGAGUAUACGUAGCAGCCCGCCGUCUCGCUCCCCGUCGCUUCCCCCGGGAGCCUCGCCCUCCUUUUGCCGAAACACCCCUUUGCCCUUCUGUGCGUUGCAAGUCUGUCUGUCUGUCUGUCUAUCUAUCUGUCUGUCUGGCUAGGGAGAGAGGCCGUAGAGCAGUAGCGCGCGACACACAGGGCUGUGUGGGUGGGUUUGAUGGAUCGAUGAGUGGCUGGGUAGGUAGGACGUACGCACAAGGGAGUGAUCUAUAAGACCAUCGCCAGACGCUCGAGAGAAGAGGACACUUGAGAGCGGCCCAUUUUGCUUUGCUGCUGCUGCUGUGUUGUGUUGUGUUGUGUUGUGGGUUCCUUCCUUUUCACAAAAGGGGUUGCGGUGGUGGCGGUGGGUGUGUACAGUGGCUAGGUAGCUGCCUUGGCUCAUCUCUCUCUCUCUCUAUUUCUCGACCCAGUGACAGCUGAUGGAUAGAUAAACGGAGCUUGUGCUGUGUCUGCUCUCUGCGAUGGCGGACUUCAUCUCGCAGCUCGGGCAUGGCAACAGCUGCCCGAAACGCACGAUGCCGUACGCCGAUUAGGAAAGCAGACACACGCAGGUCAGCGGCAGGGUGGUGGCAAAGUGGAUUGGGGGUUUUCAAGACGAAGAGAGACAAGGGCACUGGGACAGUGGGUAGCGAGUCCGGGUAUGUGGGUAGCUAGCGAGUUUUCGGAGACGGUUUCUCUUUAUGGAUGGAUGGAUGAACGGAUACAUUGUUGCCUCGAUGGCGUCUGUAGGUAUCGGUCUGAGAGACAUCCCGUUUUCCAUACCGCCUCAUGCCAUGCCCCACCGACCCACUGACUGACCCGUUGCGCUGCCUGGAUGUGUGUGCUGUGUGUACAUCACCCACCCACCCACUACCUUCCUCUCUCCGACUCUCUGUCUGUCUGUCUGUCUGUCUUUCUGCCUUGUGGUUUGUUGGUCUGGUGUGUGUACUCGUGUUGCACACUCGUCUAUUUGUACCUUUAUGUAGGGGUGGGUGUUGUACGUGCGUCGGUCGGUAAGUGCGUGCGCCAUGGAUGGAUGGAUGGAUGGAGUAGAUGGCCAUAGUACAGUGAUGCACAAGCGUCUGGAUGCUGCCUGCAUCUUGACGACGAACGGAGAGACGGACGUGUCUAUACAGUUACUCGACAAUGAACUGUCACACGGCACGUCACGUCUUUGUCUCUGUCACAUCACAGCCAAUGUCGGUCGACAUGUAACCAACCAAUAAAUAAAGGAGCAGGGCGUCAUAGCCAAGAAUAGCACAGCACAGGCCACUCGCUG